AUGGGUAUUCACGGUUUAAUUAAAGUUAUCGGCGAUCAUUCCCCUAAUGCUAUAAAACAUAAUGAAAUCAAGAAUUACUUUGGGCGUAAAGUUGCUAUUGAUGCUUCAAUGUCAAUAUAUCAAUUCUUGAUUGCAGUGAGACAACAGGAUGGUCAACAACUAACCACCGAAACGGGAGAAACUACAAGUCAUUUAAUGGGUAUCUUUUAUCGAACAAUUCGAAUGGUUGAAAAUGGAUUAAAACCUUGCUAUGUCUUUGACGGAAAACCGCCAACCUUAAAAUCUGGUGAACUUGCGAAACGACUUUCUCGAAGGAAAGAAGCGAAUGUUAACCUUGAGGAAGCACAAGAAUUGGGUGAUGCCGCUGAUAUAGAUAAAUUCCUUCGACGAACUGUCAAAGUUACUCCAGAACAUAAUUCUGAAUGUAAAAAGCUAUUAGGCUUGAUGGGAAUCCCAUAUGUUGAGGCACCAUGCGAAGCUGAAGCUCAAUGUGCCGUUAUGGCUCGGGAUGGAAAAGUUUACGCAGCUGCGUCCGAAGAUAUGGACACAUUGACCUUUGCAUCCCCAAUAUUAUUAAGACAUUUAACUUUUAGUGAAGCUAGAAAAUUACCAAUUGAUGAAAUUCAUCUAAAUAAAGUUUUAGGUAAUCUUGAAUUUACAAUGGAGCAAUUUAUAGAUUUGUGUAUUCUAUUGGGUUGUGAUUAUUGUGAUUCUAUUAAAGGCAUCGGUCCACAUAGAGCGGUUGAAUUAAUAAAAAAACAUAAGACAAUAGAUGGAAUAAUUAAGAACCUUGAUGCUAAAAAAUAUCCAAUUCCUGAAGACUGGAAGUAUAAAGAAGCUCGAGAGUUAUUUCUAAAUCCUGAAGUUCUAGAUCCAAAAGAGAUCGAGCUCAAAUGGAAAGAACCUGAUGUUGAAGGAAUUGUAGAAUAUCUAGUUCGCGAAAAAGGAUUUAGUGAAGAACGUGUAAGAAAAGGUGUCGAUAAGAUUGAGAAAAAUUUUAAGGUCGCCACACAAGGAAGGUUGGAUAGCUUUUUCACUGCAUUACCAAGCGAUACAAAAGUUUCUUCUAAACGAAAGAAUGAAGGUGAAAAGGCAAAAUCAUCGGCCGGUAAACCAAAAACUAAGCGUGGAAGGCCGAAGAAAUGA